AGGAAGUGUCUGAACAAUGAGAGCGUCCUCCGUGAAGCGAGUUUUCCUCCUGAUUGGAACUUUUUCUUUCCUCAUUUGUACAAUUUUAUACGUGAAAUACAACCAGAGCCCCGACAGUGAGCAGACAGCAGGUGGCGACAUCGAGUCUCCAGAGGACGACUGGACGAUAAUUACAGCAGCAGAAGAAGAAACUGACCAUUACUACGACUCUGUGAUGAAGCCGCUGAAGUUCUUCGCCAACCACGACAUGCAGAUGGAGAGACGCCUGUGGGAGGCGCUGCACCGCCGUCGGGUCCUCCGGCUGUACCAGAGGAAGGGCUGAGCGACGGGACGGACCAGAACUUUAUUCUCCACAAACAUUCAGUUUAAUUAUUUUUGACUGAAUAUUGGCACUACGUAGCUUCCAUACAGCUUUAUGAUUAAAUGGAAACUACAGUUUAAUAUCUGCAGUUACAGUUUUAUUGUCUCAUAUUUCUACCAAAUAAACUGAAAGUUUAAAGAUUUUGAUCCUGAUAAAGAACCAAAUAAACUGUAUAAAACUUUUCUGCACUGUAAAAAAGGAAAACUUAAAUCUUUGAGUUUUAAUUAGUUCAGUAAAAACAUUUUAGGUCGACUAAUUCUUUUAAUUAUUCAUGUACUGUAAAAACAAAAUACCAAGUUAAGCUACUUAACUACUGUUUUUAACUUACAAAUUUCAGUUUGUGUGACUUUAAAGUUUUAAUGUAAACUUUUCUAACUUCUCUCAUUACUGUUGAGAAAACUUAUAAUUUAUAAUUUAUAUUAUAAAAACUUAAAUCUGUAUUUCAAACUUUGAUCACAGUGAACCUGAAUUUUUAAUUAUUUUUUAUUGUUUUUCACUUUAAUGAGUUUUCUGAACAAUUUAAGUUUUUCUAAAGAAGAAACUUUAAAUUAUAGUUUUCUCAGCAGUUCAGAUUAUCUGAUAAAUACAUUGUAAAGUUUCAGUUUAUGUAUUUAUAUGUAAAUAUUAGAGUUUGUAUAAAGAGUUUUUCCUCUUUAAUGUCUUUAAUGUGAAAUCCAGCCGCAGUCGAAUGUUGAAGCAGAUUUUGUUUAAUAAUCUGUGAUUUUAUUUUUGUCUUUUGUUCUUUUUAUUGCACUGAUGUCA